AUGGCUCUCGAUCGCGUCGUUGCCUUGGUCCUGCGCGCUGCAGAGCUGGUCUUUGCAGCCAUCGUUGCAGGUGUUAAUGGUGAAUACCUUCACAAUGCCCGCGGCGCAAGCUCUUGGCAGCUCGGUCGGUUCAUCUACACCGAGGUGGUUGCCGCAUUGGCCAUGUUAUUCUCUCUACUGCUCCUGAUCCCCUUCUCGAGCACGUUUGUUCACUGGCCUCUCGACAUUUUCAUUUCUAUCAACUGGUGGAUUGCCUUUGGUCUUCUCGUCGAUCUCAUCGGAACCUCUUGCGGACGUGUCUUUGAUUGGGACAACGUUCACCCCGUCCACGGAGACCAGUGUGGGAAGACCAAGGCUGUCAUCGCCUUCACAUUCCUAUCGGCCAUUCUCUGGCUUGUUUCUGCCCUCGUAGGCUUCUUCUGGGUCCGCAAGCGUGAGCGCACUGCAGCUCGCGCGGAGGCGGCUCACCACAACCGCCGCCGAGGCCCUUGGUUCAGAAGCCGUGUCUAA